GCCAAAAUAUAUAGCAUUUGAGUUCCAAAAGGUAUGUCCAAGCUAGCCCAAUUCCUAAUUCUUUUUCAGUGGGCUAGAGCCUGAAUCCAGCCCAAGAUUUGUUUUUGGGUCAAACGGAUCCCAAGAUCCAGGUUAUCUUUUAUUCACAAUUUAAGCCAGACUUUCCCAAACGCUGCGUUUUCUUCUAUGGGCGCGUAUCUGUCUCCGGUUUCACCAAUAAGUAGCACCUGCACGAAGAGCGUUUGAUAAAAUCACCGAACAAAUCGAGUUGGACCUGAGUUGACACCGGACUUCAAAACUCGAAUACUAAUAUACAAUGCAAAGCUUAACAUCAAGAAUCACCAGAACCGCAAAACCUUCCGAGUCACUGAUAGGGAUCCUCUUCAAUGAAGCACCAUCUUCUUCUUCUUGGCUUCCAAAGCGCAGCUUCUCUGCUUUCUGCUUUCUCUUUGCAGCAACAAUAUGGCCAAAUCCCGCAAAAAGAACUAUCCCAGGACGUUUCUUGAAAUGGGGUUCGCUUGGUUAUUGCAGGACUUCGAGGUUUGCAACUGGGUUCACGCCUUUACAACCCAAGCCAUUGGAUUCCAUCAUGGAUUUGGACACAGCAAAGAACCGUUUACCUGAGGACCUUGCGUCAUUACUCAACUUUUUUAUCCCUUUCAUUUUCAUGUUACUAAUAUAAGAGAACAAAUUGGUUAAGAAUUUUUUUUAAACGUUCAGUAUCACUUGGGAAGAGGUCAUAUUGGGUUGACUAAGAAGGCAAAACUUUACUUUCUGUUGUUACAAACUCAUUAUUUGGUUCCAUAAUCGUUGCUUGUCUUACUUCUAUCUGUCUUGGCAACUCCUUUGUGGAGAGGAAGUGGUUACAGAACAAUGUUUUCUCAAGGUUUGUUCAAUGUUCAUUAGUCUUUGAAUUUUGUAAUAUUGCUUUUAUUUGAAAGCUGAUUUCUUUUUGUGUUGGUUGAAUUCUUAGGUCUAUGAGCUAUAUAACCCUUGACCCAAAUAAGGGAAAGUAUUUUGCAUUCAACGAUGCUCAUAAUCACGUUAUGAGUUAUUGACUCGUGCAUGUGGUAGCUAUUAA